CAUGUGCUAUGCCCCAACGAGAACGUAUAUAAGCCUCAACGACUUUUCCAAGACUUUAGUUGGCAACCCCUUCCGUUGAGAACGACUUCCGUGUCCCGCUUCGCACAACGAUGGAAAGUUCGUGAUCUCGCCACUAGAAUAUGAAAAAAAGAACGAGCGCAACAAUAAAAAGGGAAUAGUAAAGCAAACAAAGCAAAAAGAGAAGUUGCAAUGAGUGUAAGUGCGAAGGAAAGUUCCGGAAAGUGGACUGUAGGCGACCCGAAACUUGAUAGCGAAAGCCAACGGGGCAGCAGCAACGGUCUUCAAGAAAAGUAUGAAGCGCAUGGUUCACAUCCACGAGGUCUUUUGAUGGCAAGUACAUCCGAAGAUUCAAGCCCGCCAGCAGAAAUCUUACAGCAACUUCAGAAAGUUUCCUGCUCGGUGUCGGUGUCGUUAUCGUCGUCGCCUUCUAUCCCACUGGAAAAAUUUCCAAAUCAAACUCAAGAGCAAACGAUCUUCCAAGAAGAGGAGCUCACAGUCAGUGCGUGUGGCGAUCGGCAUAACGGCUUCAUAAAUACAGAUAUUCAAAAAGACCCAAUUACUUUACAGUCGGAAGAUUCUGUUUCGCAGCCAGCGAAAUCGAAAAAAAAACGAGAGAAAUCCAUUGAGAGACAGUCAAUCUAUCCGGACAUCUCUUGUUCGCCCCUGCCUACUGGAGCUCCGGCACGUGUUGCCGGGCCUCGCCGACACCGCCGAACGAAAAGUGACACUUCCAGCAACCUGACUACUAUUAUGGAGAGGCCGCUUUCUCCACUGGAAAGCAUGAGGGUUCGAACCUCAUCGCCCGACUCGGUGCUGACAGCAAUUCCAGAGCAUGGACGGUGUCUGUCGCCGACAAGUGCCGUAAGUGUCAUGCCCAUUUUCCAGCCAACGUCGCCGAACUUGGAGACCUCAGCAAUAUUGGCUCCCCUGAUCCUCCCCCCACUCGCACCUAGUAGUGAACAUUCAAAUGCUUACAGCAGCGGUUCUGCGUGCUAUACAAAAAGCAGAAAUGGAUCCUUAGGAUCCAGGCCUCGAGUUGUCAAUCGACACCGACGAGUUAAAUCUGCAGGGACCCAUCAGCUUGUGGCGUUGGACACAGAAAGCUUGCUGAUUUCCCAACUCCAAGAUUUGCACGCUCGUCACGGAACUCAGCACGCCAAGCUUUCCUUGACAUACAACGUCCUUGGGAACGUCUACUUCCGACAGCAACGCUUCGAAGCAGCAAUCGAAACUUACCGGAAAGCCAUUGUAGCUGCACAGGAGAAAGACAAGGUGCCAUUGGCCGACUCGUAUAGUAAUCUUGGUACCGUGUAUUGGUCGACAGGAAAUGUGGAUCAAGCCAUUGAGUGUUUGCAACAAGGAUUGAGACUCCGACUGCAACAGGGCAAUGUCUUAGCGAUUGCUACCAUCCACUACCAACUCGGUUUGGUCUAUACCCUGCGGGGCACGUUCGACGAGGCUUUGCAUCAAUUUAUAUCGUGUAUCACAGAACGAGGGGGAAAAAGUGGCCAAGAACUCGAAAUAGCCCGUUCGUAUGAUGCGAUGGGCAAAGUCUAUACGUUACGCGGCAACUUCGAGGAAGCUCUUGAGUCCUAUGAUCAUGCGAUUCGCCUCAAAGAGAGGAGGGGAGCUUCAACGGUCUCCACCUUAGAAGAAGUUGGCCGUGUUCAACACACUACGGGAGAUUUACAAGCUUCGUUAUCAACUUUCCAAAGUGUUUUUGAUAUGCUUAAACAAGAAGUUGUUGAAAUGGGACUGAGCUCGUCCAAGCAAGCCCAAAUGAGCGAUACUCGCAGCAUUAUUUCGGGAAUUUCCAAAGAACUCGAGGAAUUGUCUGUUGGACGAGGCCAUUUUAAUAAAUAGCACGUCUGGACAAAGGAUAUCGAAUCGAGGUUUAAAGGAAGUGUUUGCCUUUU